AUGAGAGUGGAUGGAAAGCCAAAAGCCGAGUGCAAGUACUGUAAGAAGAGGCUUGUUGGAGACCCAUCAAAAGGAACAACUCAUCUGAAGAAUCAUUACCAUCGAUGUCCUAAAGUGAAGCGGCCUGGAGAUAUAAAGCAACAACUCCUACAAGGAAAUCUGAACAAGGAGAAAUUCCAGUUGACACUGUUCAACUUCAGCCAAGAGAAUUCUCGAAAGGGAUUGGCUCAUGCAAUUAUAAAGCAUGAGUAUCCUCUCUCAAUCGUGGAGCAUGAGGGUUUUAAGAGUUAUAGCAUGAGUUUGAAUCCACUGAUAUGUGGACAUGAAAAACAAGAUGCAAUGGAGCUUUUGAGGAAGAACGAAGGUCUAAUGGCAAUAACCACUGAUAUGUGGACAUCUUCUCAAAAGAAUGGUUUCAUGGCAGUGACUACACUCUAUAUCGAUAAGAAUUGGACUUUAUAA